UAAUUGAAGGGUCCCGAGUCAAUUGCAAAUGCCUCUCUCUCUCUCUUCUCACCACCUUCCAUUUAUAUUCCUCUUUCCAAUUCUCCACCUUGUCCACAAGCUCACACCCUCUCAUAUUUUCUACCAAUCUCUCUCUCUCUCUCUCUUUUUUUAGGGCACAAAACUUAGCCAUGGGCAGAUCUCCUUGCUGUGAGAAAGAGCACACCAACAAAGGUGCAUGGACCAAAGAGGAAGACGAGCGUCUUAUCAACUACAUCAAACUUCAUGGUGAAGGUUGUUGGAGGUCUCUCCCCAAGGCCGCUGGUUUGCUUAGAUGUGGCAAGAGUUGUAGGCUUAGGUGGAUAAACUACCUGAGGCCUGAUCUCAAGAGAGGCAACUUCACAGAAGAAGAAGAUGAACUCAUCAUCAACCUUCACAGCUUACUUGGAAACAAAUGGUCUCUUAUUGCUGCUCGCUUACCUGGAAGAACAGAUAAUGAGAUAAAAAAUUAUUGGAAUACCCAUAUUAAAAGAAAACUCUACAGUCGUGGAAUUGACCCUCAAACUCACCGUUCUCUGAACUCUACUGCCGCUGCCACCACCACCACCACCACCACUACAGCCACGGCGCCACUUAGCAAUAGCAGAAGCAGCAGCAGCAACUACAAUAACAACCAGAAUAAUAAGAACAACACAAAUGUUUCUCAAAUAGAAACACAAGAUUCAUUAGCUCAAUUUAUGAAAGCGCCAGAUUGUAUCAAUAUGAAUAUUUGCAAUUCCAAUAUAAAAAUUCCAACAGAUUCAUCAGCUGAAGAGUCCAACUGCAGCAGUGGAGUGACCACAGAAGAAGUUUGCCCAGAAAUCAACCUUGAGCUAUACAUAGGCCUUCCAUAUCAGAAGAAGCCUCAAGUUUCCUCAAAUUUUAAAGAGAAGAAGCAAGCAAACCACCACCACCAUCAGCAAACUCAACAGCAAAACUUGACAUAUGGAUGCUCUGGGGCGUCUGCUAAAGAUGUAUGCUUGUGUUGUAAUUUAGGGUUGCAGAGUAAUCAAACAUGUAGUUGCAGAGUGAUAGAGACAUCUUUUACAGCGGAUAGUUUCAGUAGAUACUACAAGCCUCUGAAUUCUUGAAGCAUGGGAACUGGGAAAUUAACAAACCAAAACCCAACCUAAGCCAUAUAGAGUUGUAAGAUUCCAACAAUUUUAGCAUAUAAAUUUUCUAUGCGCAUCGAUUUUGGCUCUA